UGUGUGUGCUGCUGUUGCCGCCGCCGCCUCCCUCCCUCUGCCUCCCAUCUGCAUCUGCUGCAGAGCUUAGCCAACAAGCAUCUCUACGCACUAGUCUUCUCGCUUGUUUGUCCGUGCAUGCCGCCAUGGAGACAGGACAAUCAGCGGACGUCACUUUUGGGGUGUUGAGGACGGAGGAUGGGCUGCACGGAGACACAUCCCUGGACUGAGCCAGCCGUCUCCAGGAACAGCCGCAUCAUUUUUUCCCUCCAUCUCUCUCUCUCUCUCUUCUCUUCUUCCUCCCUCUCUUCAUCUCCCAUUCUGCUGCUUGCGCCACUGUGGGAAUGCAGCUGAGGUGAACCAGUCCUAAAGGUGUCCACCAGUCUUCUCGCGCCACACAGGAGUGGAUCUAUUUGCAGGCGGAAACCAAUCUUUCCUGCAACCACCCCCCCCCGGGGACGAGGGUGUCUCUCGGAGGAAAGUGGGGUUCAGACAGGGCUUGGAUGGUAUAAACUUCAGCAGAUACUGGAUUACUUAAAAACCAGCAGAGGUGGCGGACGUGGAUAAGUGAGGGAACUUGAACUAGAAGGGAAGACUUCUUCUCACCCGAUGGAUUUACAGCGCCGAUCUCCAUCACCUUGCAACGGAUCGAUACCCACCUUUUUUUUAAACAAGGGAGUGAAGCAUCUUUGGAUUUAUCAUCUUUGAGACAGCCUCCCCUCCACCCUCACCUGUGCAUAACCUGUGAGCGUGUGUGUUUUUGUGCAUGUGUGCUUGCGUUCUUGUCCGCCAGAGGGAGUUUGUGUUGCUUGUGCCUGCAUGUUCCAGCGUUUAAUUAGUUGUUACAUGAGUGAUGUGCUAGAGUAGCGGUGACUGCGUGCAGGUGGGUGUCUUUAUAUACACAUAUACAUAUAUAUAUAUGUAUAUAUACAUAUACAUAUAUAUAUAUAUAUAUAUAUAUAUAUAUAUAUAUAUAGAGAGAGAGAGAGAGAGAGAGAGAGAUACAUAGAUAUAUAUAAGUAGGCUUGCUGUGUAUGUAAGAUGUGUCACAGCCUCCUUGCUUCUCUGCCAUCCCUUCCUCCAGUCUUUGGGCAACCUGUUUGACCUCCAAAGCUCCCUGAGAGACCAAAAAGCAGGAUGAGUGAGCACUCGGGUGCAAGCACUCUAGCGGCCAUGACGCUGGAGGAGCCCGGGGCCGAGCAGGCGUCUCCCAGAGCCCCGGGCCCCCUGCGCUGUGGCCCCUGCGCUGUGUGGCCUCGCCAGCAAACCUGGCUGUGUGCCGUGCCCUUAGUAAUGGGCUUUGUGGGCCUGGGACUUAGUCUCAUGCUGCUUAAAUGGAUUGUGGUGGGAUCUGUCCAAGACUAUGUCCCGACAGACCUGGUGGACCCCAAAGGUAGCAUGGGGCAGGACCCUAUAUUCCUCUCCAAACCCAGUUCCAUGCCCAAGGGGCCGGACAUCUCAACUGCCACCACGUCUGCCGCCACCACCACAGCAAUGGUGUCUACAACAACGCCGCUAGCUGCCGAUGGGACUGCCCCGGCACCAAGAACUCGAUCUGGGCCGCCGGCGAACCACUCGGCCAAUGGCAGUGCUGCUGGCACCGGCGAUGGCAACCGAGCCCCGCACCUUCAUAACCGCGUGGGCACCCGCGUCGGUGGGACUGCGGUGAUCACAUCCACCACCCGCUCCCCCCGACUCACACCACCACCCAGCGGUAAGGAAGUGACCCCUCGCAGCACAGUUAGGAAAGGGAGUGGCCGCAAUGGCCACUCAAAGCCAGGGCAGACCACCACUGGGGCCCCCACAACCUCCAGCACUACCACCACCACCACCACUGUGAGGAUCACCACUAAGGUGCAGCCGACCACUUCUCAGCCGACCGCCCACCCUGUAAAGCCCACAUCUCGCUGGACUCAUGGACGUCAAGGAAAGGUCCCUGCGACAAAGCCACACCACCGCUUCCGAACUCCUAUGGUCCCAACACAACCGAGCCUGCGCUCAGAGGUCUUCAAACCUUGCAUAGAAGAUAAGGACUUGGCCUUUUGCCUCAACGAGGGGGAGUGCUCUAUCAUUGAAACUGUGGCUGGGGUCCACCGACACUGCAGGUGUAAGGAAGGCUACCACGGUCUACGGUGCGACCAGUUUGUACCCAAGACCGAUGCCAUCUUGUCGGACCCAACGGAUGAACUUGGCAUCGAGUUCAUGGAGAGUGGUGACACCUACCAGAGGCAGGUGUUGUCCAUCUUCAGCAUCGCCUCGGGGAUCUGUCUUCUCGGAGUGGCGUGUAUGGCUCUCUACCGGCGCAACAAGAGACAGCGUGAAAAACUCCAAGCUCACUUUUCUGAAAGUCGUGUCUUGAGGGACUGCAGCAUCAACGCCUCUGGCCUGAUGUCCAAAUCUACCAUGAGAACUCAAUACAGCCUCCAAAAGAGCUGCAGCACCCACGGGUGUCCUUCCAAUGCGGAGCCAGAAGCAUCGACUGCAGCCCCGCCCAAUCUCAGCAGAGCGCUGUCAAAAGGGAAACGCUUCAGGAGCAAUUCCCUGUCGCUCAGCCCAGCGCUGAAACGGAUUGAGAGCAAUCACUUCCGGACACCGCCCGUUUCCAGAGGAAAGCUGAAGCUGUCGUCCAAUCUCAUGGACGCAUCUAGAGCUCACGUCUACAAACACUUGCAAGAGGAGAAGGAGGAGGAGCCAACACAUUUGGAGUCCUUCAGAAGGUGUGAUGCUCCCGGAGGAAAGGUGAGCGCCCUCCUCAGCAGGACCUCCCACUUCAGAAAGCGAUGGGCGGAGGUCCCUUGCACCCGCCUGGAUAAAGGAAGCAGCUUCCCUCCGCCCUCCCUGCGCACCCGCUCCGUUCCCAUCAUACCGUCGCUCCAGGCUUGUGACCUUGAGGGAAGACAUUUGGACGUGGACAAGCACAACCAAGGCGGGCGUUCCAUCCCUGCUAGGGAGUCCGUUAGCGCUCAGACAUCCUCUGUCGAGAUCGCCGUAGAACUUGAUCCAGAACUUUCCAGUCCUGUGACGAAGUCUUCGGGUUCAGGAGAAAGGUUCCAGUAUUCUGUCAGAGGAGGUUUAAAGACGUCCCUCAAGAACACCAACAGCUCCUUGCCCAGCAGCAGAGGAAACUCUAGUUGAUUGGAUUAAUUUUGCAAACUUUCAAAGACAUCGGUUCUGAUACCUUUUGCUGUUGGGACCAUCUGUGUGGCCACAUGGACCAAUAUGGGCCAAAUUGAUCUGCAGAGGACAAACUAUAUGAAUGGGAAAAAAGAUCAUAUUAAAAACAAGCAUAUGUUGUGAAUAAACUCAUACAAAGGACAACAAACUGAGCGAUGAAGUUAAAAAAAACAAAAAACACCACUAUUUAAAGGGAGCUUCUACCUAGAAACCAAAAUAGUGUGUCUCUAUGUUGUUUCUCUAUUGUAAAGAAAUGAACUUAUAUAUGUCAUCUAAUAUAUGUCACAUAGACGUAUAUAUAUUUGACAUACCAUUGUGACAAAAUAAAGAUGUUAAUGGAGGCCUUCGGUUUUUCCUCAUCUCAAGCCGACUUUUCUGCUACACUCCCUACAUCAUGGUUCCAAUAUUGUUCCCUCACGCUAUCACGUUUUUUCAAAAAUGUAUUAAUUAAUAAAUGAUCGCUUUUGUGGUUGACUAUGGCCCAUCCUUAGUCAAAAAAUAC